UCUUAAUAUCUCUUUAUAUCCUACAAAAGGUCUGAUAUUUGACGAACUCAAAUAGAUAAUGGUACACACGAGGCAAUAGAAUCCAACAAUGCUGAGAAUCUUGAAAUGUGCACCAGUAAUUUUGGGAUUUUGCGGCGAAUGCCGUGGAUGCGUUACUCGUUCGACUUCAAAUCAAAAAUAACAAAUAAAAGAACCUCUAAAUUUGGGAUAUCGGCUGACGACAUCGGCCAUAAAAGUUUGGACACGUUAGACACAUCAAAAUUGUUAACUAUACUUGGAAAAUUGACGGAAGAUGAUUCUUCUAUGGAAUCUGCCGACUGGAAUCUACUUUAUGGAACAUUCUAUAAUAAACUUAAGAAAGAUACAAAAGAGCGUGAUUUACGUUGGUCUAUCGUCCAUACUGUAAAGUUUCUUCAAAAUGCAGCAUAUGUAACGAAUUACUUUUCCAGAAAAUCUCUGCCUCUAGAUGACUUAACAGAACCGAUUGCCUUUGCAAGGACGUUUAUCGCUAAAAAUAUCAAUGAAGUAAAUGAUAAUGAAUUAAUACGGGUCAUAUUUUCUUGCUCUAAAGGACGUUUUAUGAGCCACGGUCUUGUAACGAAGGCAUUUUUGACGUUGCUUGAUAAUGAAGUUAUUCAACGUUUGGACACCUUUCAAUCUUUACAAAUAUUGAAAAUAUUACACUCAACCAUAACUAUUAGCAAUUAUUUCCAUGACAAAGAAGACAACGAAUAUAGUAAGCAUCCAUUUGGCAUAGAGUUUACAAGAUGCCUUUCUACAAGAUUGCUUCGCAUGAUUUCACAUAUAGGAUCGAUUGAUAUGGCAAACUUUGUUACAAUAAUGGCACAUUAUGGCUUGUUCAAUAAAACUCUUUCUGAGAAAUUAAAUAAGUCAUUUCUGAAGAGGCUUUGGGGUAUAAAAACCAUGGAUCCUGUUUUAAUAUCAGCUCUAUCAUUGUCUAUGUACGGGAUACUGGGCAGAAAAACUGCGAUUUUCAUGUUAAAUUCACUAGAAUCAUUUGGAAUACCAUCGUAUACAUCAGGACAUGAUCCGAGAUUUGUGAACUCGUUACUAUUUUCAUUAAAACUUUUGGAAAUGUGCAUUCGACACAACAAUGUAGAAGUACAUAAAUCACUUCCCAGCAGUAAUAGACUAUACCUGAAAAAAAUCAGAGAUCGAAUUGCAAAGUGUGUAGACCACAGAGAUCUUUUGUAUGGAAUAACAUUCAAUUCCAGAAGCCUUGUAUCAUCUUUGAAUGAUUUAUUAGAGCACGAAAGACGCUUUGAUGUGUUUUCCUUUGCUCCGUAUAUUCAUGGACCUUAUCUAAUGGAGAUUUGUGACCCAAUAAACAAAAUCACGAUUGAAUUCGACGAACCGUGGCGUUUUGGGCACAACGAAUGGUUGAGUUCUCAUUUAUCGCAUUUUCACAAAAUGAGGAGAGUUCACUUGGAGAAUGAAGGCUUCAAAUUUAUCAGAGUACCCAAUGGUUUGGACACCCCCAAGGAAGGACAUAAAUCGUAA